UUCUUCACAUCAUAGAUAAAGACGAGAAUUAUAACCGAGUAUAUAACUUCACAUUAUAACCUAUAUCUGCUUGGCACUUUGGCUGUUAGCCCUAAAUUUAUAUAAACUUUAAAUAAUUUACUAAAAUGACUACAUCUAACUUAAGUGCGGUUACCAAAUUUAUGAAGAAACGCUCCGUUAAAUUCGGCUUACCAUUCUUACUUCUAAUGGUGGGAGGAUCAUUUGGGCUCAGAGAAUUUACAUCACUUCGAUACAAGUUCAGUAAAGUGUCGCCGUUAUCCUACGAGGAAUCGCAGAAACACGGCAUUGAAAAAAAGAAACCUGGCGAGGUUACACUGGAGAGUGAGUAUGAGAAGAUUAAAAACUUGGAUCUGGACAACUGGAAACAGAUCAGGGGGCCCAGACCAUGGGAGGAAAAGGACGAAUCCUAGCGAAGGGGCCCAGACAAUGCCAAAGCUUGACAACCUCAGGUUUCAAUUUAUAUUUAGCUGAUCAAAGUAGAGUUAUGUGAUUGUUUACCAUUGGGCGUAAAUUUUAUUUUUCCAACGCAAAUUUACGAUAGGUUUACUAGAGCGAAUAUCUGCUAAUAUCGUCGUUCGGAGGAAUAGUUUGUUCCUUGGUUUUAAGGAAAAAAAAAUAACGCGUAUAUUCUAAAGCAUAAAUUACUGCUGAAUACUGCACGCAAGAUUCUUAUCUAAAUAUAUCAAAACUCGCAAGAGUAAAUUUGAGCAAUUGAUAUAAUAAAUAAUUAAGAUUUCACAAGAAAGCAAAAAGUCAUAUGUUGGUUAUAAAAAGACCACAAGUUUGGAAAUUCUUUGAAGAAUUUCUUUAUUUGAUAACGUCUUUAAAUACAUAUAAAUGUCAGGUAUAAUAUAUUUCGGAAACAAACGA